GUUUAUUCCACAAUUAACAAACACACAUUCAUGUAUUUUAUAUUAAUAAUACAAAUAACAAAGUAGAAGAAGAUGAUCAUAAUCAUGAUGAACAAUAACGUGUAUAGAAUGAUUCAUUACCAUAAACAGUGUCACCACCAUUUAUUUCCUUCCACUAUCUCUUUACUUUGCUUCCAACCUUAACUUACUUCAUUAAUUUUCUCACCUGUUCUGUCGGAUCUUCCUCGGGAUCUUCGAAACUAGUUCGUGUCGUGUCGUGUCGUGUCUCACCCAUUUUCCACCCAUAACAUAACAAACUCUUUCUUUUUGCCUUCAUUUUUUGCUUUCUGGGUUAGUUUGGGGAAGAGAGUUUGAUGUUCGAAUUCGAGUUCUCAUGAACAAUUUCGUCCUUAACUUGAGCUCAAUCAUUUAGUUAAACGCUUGUUAUUAUGCUUAUGCACAAACCUUGUUGAAUUGCCAUCAAAGUUCCUUUUGCAAAAUCCUUGAGUUUUGAUCGAAAUUUGGCAGAUCAAGGAACAAAGUUCGUUGAAGUAUGCGAUUGUGUGAAGCAAAAUCUGAAUAUAUAUGAGCUGUUGAAGAAACUCUUUGAUAAGAUGUGGUCUGAUAAUUUAGACUUGAGGCCUCCGAAAGGUAAAGCAAAACAGAAAAUCAACUCAAAGUCGGCUAUGGAAUCUGGGAAACAAUAUAAGUUGAAAACAAAAUCUGUUGUUGAUUCUUCUCAAAAUCCAAAACUUGUUACAUUAGGAGAGAUUCUGAAGUGUGAAAGCGUAAACGAAAGUUCAUCGCAACAUGAAGAGCUUGUCAAACACAUGUCUAAUUUGCCAGGUUAUCUUAAACGUUCUGAUAGAGGAAAAAACAUCCAAGAGAAGGCUUUAAAUUUCGGUGUUCUUGAUUGGUCGCGACUUGAGAAAUGGAAGAAUAAACAAUCAUUCAAUAGCAAUGAAGAAUCGUCGUCAUCAUCAAGGGCUGCUGCUGCAUCAUCAUCCACUUUUAGAAGGCAUAAAAAGCAUGAUGAUAGAAAAGGCUUGAGUUAUUCAAGUAUCAAAGAAUCUUAUAAAGAAACUUUUCCGGAAAGUUCGAAAUUGUCUUCUAGGAAUGUUAAACAGUAUCGAAAUUCUGGUAAAAUGGUCGUUGGAGGAGAGAACAGAAUGAGAUCAAGGGAAUUUGAGUCCAUUGGCAAAAUUCAGUCACUUCAAAAGGAGAAAAGGAGUGAUUAUGAUGUUGAGGCUAUGAGUAUGCAGGGUUUGCAACAACAUAGCUAUAAGAAAAAAGAUAGAAGUUUUAGUUCCAGUUUCGAUGACCGACUUCCAUCAUUCGAACGGAAAGAUAAAGGUAUCUCAUUUAUUUCUGAGAAUAAAAUGAGUUCGAGAAGCCGUGAAACCAAGAUAAAGAAGGAUCAGUGGAGGGACUCAUCAGAUAUUGAUGUUGAUCAAAAACAUUGCCAUGGCAUGCCAAGAGACAUUGUUUUGCUUCGUCCGCGAAAAUUUCUACAAUCAAAUUUCGAAAACUUUUUUCCGCUUUCUCAAUCAAUAGCUUCAUCUGAUGAUAAUUUUUCAGAAUCAAGCCUGACUAGCUCAUCAUAUAUUUCCCUACCCGAGGAGGCUUACACUGAAAAUGUUCUCCCUUCCAUGACUAAUCUUUCUUCUUCAUCGGAAACAACACGAGACAGUUUCGACACUGAUCUAGAUGUUGAUUUUUCUUCUGUUCGAUCAAACAAACCUGGUUGCUCGAAUAGGAUGUCUAGCUUCGAUUCUAAAGAUACUUGCAUUGAAAAGGAUGCAUUAAACACGAAGCUAAGAAAUCAGUGUUCUUUCAGUAAUAUGAAAGAAUCAACUGAGAGUGACAAGAAUAGCUUAUCCGGACAUCAGAUUAGCUUCGACUUGAAUCGAAUAGGAAGAAGUUUAAGUUUCAAGGAGGGUCCUACCCUUCCGAAACAAAGCUCCAUGCAAGUUAGUGCAAAGUCAGGUCCAUUGAUAUUUGAAUCCGCUUAUUUGAAUAAGUCUAGCAAAGAUCAUAAGGUGAAUGGUCAUAAGAGAAACAUAUCAAGCACCUUCAUGAGGUUAUUAGAUCCUAUAUGGAAGUAUAAGACAUCGAACACACAAGACCAUUCAUCCGAGAGCAUUCUGACAUCGAAAGAAAGUCCAAACUCAACAAGCUUUCGGACAAACAAUCUACAUGAUGACAAGAGCAAGGAAUCAUCGAUGAAAGCGCUUUUGCAGAUAACAAUAAAAAAUGGACUACCAUUGUUUCAUUUUGUGAUCAACAGUGAAAGGAAAGUUCUUGCAGCUACUAUGAAUAGUUUAGCUUCGUCGGAGAAGGAUGAUGGAAGCUGCUAUUUCACAUUCUACCUCCUUAAUGAAAUUAAGAAAAAGAGUGGUAGAUGGACAAGUCAAUGGAGCAAAGAAAAGAAUUGUGGUGGAUAUGCUUAUAAUAUUGCUGGUCAUAUGAAAAUUUCUAACUCUAGAAUCACUGAAUCAAAGGACCAAAGCUUCAAGGGACAGUGUAUGGUGAAAGAUUAUGUCCUAUUCGGCAUUGGAAUUGACCGGCCAGAUCAAGAACCGCAAGAAUUCGUCAAGAGAAAGGAGCUUGCUGCUGCUGUUAUUGAAAUCCCUUGUGAAAAUGAUAUUAAUUUGAUGAAGAAAGAAUGCUUAAAGUGUCUCCUUGCAGAUAAAAGAUGCUUUUGCAUACCACAAGAAAAUGAUAUUUCUGGUAGUAGUAUUACAGUUAUACUUCCAGGCGGUUUACAUGCUUCGCCUAACAAAGGAGAGCCUUCGCCGUUGAUUCAUCGAUGGAAAUUGGGCGGAAUAUGUGACUGUGGAGGUUGGGAUGUUGGUUGCAAACUCCGUGUUCUCUCGAACCAGAACCUGAGUUCAAAACCUCACAUUGAGAGAUUUCAACUUUUUGUUCAGGAAGGAUCAGAGCAAGACACACCAUUAUUCAUUUUGGAGCCAUUGAAGGAUGGAUUCUACUCAGUUGAAUUCAGUUCAACAAUCACUCAUUUACAAGCUUUCUUUAUUUCUGUUUCUCUUUUAAGCAGCAAGAAACUACCAAAUACCUUGGAAAUGAGUAAGGAACUAAAUUCCAAGAACAAAACAACUUCAAAUUAUAAUUCAGUUCCACCACUCUCUCCUGUUGACAGAGUUUAAAAAGUGGAUGUUUUUCUAAAAUAGGUGAAGGAUAGUAAAUGGAUGCAUUGUGAAAUAUUUCUCCAAUUACUUCCUUUUUGUUUAAUUAUAGUUCACAUUAUAUUAUUAUUGAAUUAAUUGUACAAAGGAACCAUUGCACCAAUACUAUCAUUUUACAGCAUACAAAAUGAAUGAAUAAAAACUAGUAUACAGUUAUCUA